CAUGGACAAGACCUCAAGGUUUAUUUCCGCCAGCAAGUUACAAGUUACCGGUACCAUUGGGCGGGCCCAUACGACUGAGACCGCAUGGCCUCUAGCUUCACCAAACGUACAUAAAAGGUUGUAUGGAGCCAGGUUUGGACGCAGGUUGCCUCAUUCUGUCAUCACCUCGCUUUUUCCUCAGCUACAACAAGACGCUAUAGCAAACUCUCUUCAUGGCUGUAUCAACAACAAUUAUCUUCAUCCCUGGUGCGUGGCACAACCCUCAUUGUUUCGACAAAGUGACUCAACGGCUGGAAGCCGACGGUUACAACACAGACGUCGUUCACUUGCCCUCUGUUGGUCCUAACAAGCCACAUUCCGAUUUCUUGGAAGAUGUCCUUCAGAUCAGGGAACAGAUCGAGAGUGCUGUCAAAGCUGGCCAACGAGUGGUGGUCGUGAUGCACUCGUACGGUGGGCUUCCGGGCUGCGAGGCAAUUCGUGGCUUAGACUGGGCAUCUCGACAGCGCCAGGGUCAACCAGGGGGUGUCGUUCAUCUCUUCUUUUGCUGUUCGUUUAUCGUUCCGGAGGGGAAAUCAUUGAUUAGUUCUUUUGGCGGCGAUGAUCUCCCUUGGUUCCAAGUCUCGGACGAUGGAUUGCUUGUGACACCGGCUACCCCCAGAGAAACAUUCUACAACGACAUGAAUGAAGUUGAUGCAAAAAGGGCUGUCGAAGCACUAAAACCGCAUAGUUACCAGACUUUUCAUAGCAACAUUACCUUCGCGGCUUGGAAGCAUGUUCCGUCCACGUACCUCUAUUGUUUGAGGGACGAGGCCAUCCCACUCUCAGUGCAGAAAACGAUGGUGGAGGAGGUUGCUAAAGGGAUCCAGAUUCAAACUCACCGUGUGGAUGCAUCUCACAGUCCUUUUUAUACAGCGCCAGACCAUGUGGCAGUUGCCAUCAAGGCCGCUACUCAGUGAUCCUAGAUUAUGUUGAGAGGGUACGAUGACUACAAUCCGAGAUGCUCUGGAUAGACAUGUCUCUGGAAUUGAAAGGUG